CUCUCUCUCUUCCCUCCCUGGCUCAUGCUGGUAAAAUGAUCUGCAGACAGCAGGAGUAGAGGCACGCCUGACUCUCUCUCAGACAUACCACCCAUGUGAUCUCACAGGCUGCCUCCCUCUGCUCCAGUCAGGCUCCAGCCUUUCAGCCGGCAACAACUAAUGAGUCUUUGUGUGGCUAGGGUGAAUAAGAGAGAGAAGGAGGGAAGUGAGAGGGAGAGUUAAAGAGAGGCACCUAUUGUCGUUUAACAAUAAAGAGAGGGAGAGUUAAAUAUUGUCAUUUAACAAUAAAGCAUAUGGUACCGGCAGUGGCCGUCAGGGCUGGGAAAUUGACAAGUCUCUGUGUGUCUCCCUCUCCCUCCCUCUCACCAGGUUCUCAUGCCCUCAGUGUACUGGGGUCGCAGGAAGUCAGUGGACUAAAGCAAAAUGGGAGCCUAUCAUUUAUCAUGUUUCACUUCAUUCUAAGUGCUUCAUUUAGAUUUUGCUCCCAAGUGUCACGUUAAGAAAGGGGGCCAGAGGAGUCGGGACACGCCAGUGGACACAGGUGCAGCGGCGGAGACGGAGAGGAGGGCCAUGAGCGGUAUACUUAAGAGGAAGUUUGACGAGGUGGAGGCGUCCUCCUCGCCGUGCUCCUCCUUGCAGGAGUCUGAUGACGAGGUCUCCUGCAGCGAGAGCGGAGACAGUAGUGACAGUGUCAACCCUUCAGCCUCGGGCCCCUUCACCCCUGAUUCUAUACUGAAGAGGGAGAAGCGUGUGAGAACAAGGAGGGUACAUUUUGACAAUGUGACGGUGUACUACUUCAGCCGGCGCCAGGGCUUCACCAGUGUGCCCAGUCAGGGGGGCAGUACUCUGGGCAUGUCCAACAGACACAGUGGUGUCAGGCAGUACUCCCUGGGAGAGUUUGCCCUGGAGCAAGAGAGAAUCCACAGAGACAUGCUCCGAGACCAUCUGAAGGAGGAGAAACUCAACUCCAUGAAACUCAAGCUGACUAAGAACGGUACAGUGGAGUCGGAGGAGGCCAACACGCUCAUGGCAGAGGACAUCUCUGACGAUGACAUUGAUCUGGAAAACACAGAGGUGGACGAGUACUUCUUUCUACAGCCCCUCACCACUAAGAAGCGCCGGGCUCUGCUGCGGACCUCGGGGGUGAAGAAGAUUGACGUGGAAGAGAAGCACGAGCUGCGGGCCAUCCGGGUGUCCAGGGAGGACUGUGGCUGCGACUGCAGAGUGUUCUGUGACCCAGAGACCUGUGCAUGCAGCGUAGCAGGAAUCAAGUGCCAGGUGGACCGCAUGUCUUUUCCCUGUGGCUGUACCAAGGAGGGCUGUAGCAACGCGGCCGGCCGGGUGGAGUUUAACCCCAUCCGCGUGCGGACCCACUUCCUGCACACCAUCAUGAAGUUAGAGCUGGAGAAGAGCCGCGAGCAGCAGCAGGCCUCCCCUGCCAACGGUUACCAUGGCGAAAGCAACGGCUAUGGCAACCCGCUGGUCCAGACCCAAUACUCUCUGUCAGAUCCAACAGUCCAACAGUCUGCCAUCAUGCACCUCCAGACUGCUGACGACAUGGACGAGCCUCUGGAUGAUGAAGACGAAUAUGAGGAUGAUGAGGAGAAUGAGGAAGAUGACGAGGAUGAAGAGGACAGCAGCAGUUUAUGCAGUGGACUGUCUGACUCCAGCACUCAGAGCUUGGCGAACAGUGACUCUGAGGAAGAGGAUGGCGAUGAGGAGGACACGUCGGAGGACUUUGAGAAUGGAGUCAGCAAGCCGCCUGUCUCCAACACAGAGGUUGCCCCCCUGUCCUCUGUGUUGUGUUACUCUGAUGCCAUUCUGCCACACGACAACCACAUUGACGACCACAUAAAUGGAAACUCUUAUUUAUUCAGCUCCCCAACAGAUUAUUAUCAGUUGGAGACUCCCAAUGCUGUUGCCUCAGCCAACGGGACAGCCAGCCAACCCAGUGAACCCUAUGGAGAGGUCUUAUCAUUCCCACACACAGUAAGCACUACUAACGGUGCCGUGCCACAAGAACCAUUUAACAUGGCCGUCGACAUUGCAGAGCAGUACACAGAUUACCCCCGCCAGGCUGAGGAACAGUACGCCAAUCAGCCCUUCACCCUGACCAAUGGCACAGCAGCAACCACAGCCAUGGGCUGCUGCAUACCUGACCUGGAGAACAACAUGGUCCCAUCUAAAGGAACAUUCCCUGAGCAGCCUGGGGGCCUCAGCCAGAUGGAGUUCCACAACAACUACCUGAACAAUAAGAAGUGUUUUGUGGCAGAGCAGCCAAAGGAAGUGUCGAGCGUUAAUGGUCUGUCUGAAGGACCUUCUUUAGCAGUCAGCACCAAGAUCCCUGCAUUAGCAGAGAAUCUCCCCCAGGUCGCACCAGUUUAGUGGGCCUAACUCACCUGUCUGUGUAGGCUUCAUGUUGUCUUUUCUUAAUGAACAAGGCUGACCAAGUGUUAUUUAUGGAGAAUAUGGCCUUUUAAUGGGAGCUCAACUUACCAAGUCAUUUACAAGACCAUACAUUAGAUUGACAUUAUUUAGCUGCAGGUUCCAUGAUGAGAAACAUUUCUAAUGAAAUCCCUGAUUUCUAGUAUUCUAAACUGCGAGAUGGAAUCAGUCAACAAAAACUGAAAGCUGUACGCCCGUGCAAUGUAUCUUGUCAUUUUAAAGGUAAAGUUUUAUGGAUAUAUUGUGAAUGGAACUUUUCUAUGUCUAUAUGUCAAAUGUGCAAAAAAUGAAUUGUCCCCAGUUUAUUUAUUGGUUCUGAAGUAUGUGUAUACUUAUAAAUGGUUUGAUAUUUAUAAAUGCAUGUUAUUUUGGGUCUUUCAAAUGGCAUUUAUGAGAAAUUGACCAGGUUCAAUUUGGGUUUAUAAAAUCUGUAUUAAUGUACUGUACAAACCUUGUGUUGUCGCCUGUGAUCUUUUACAUUGUUUGGAAAAGCUUGAAACGGACUACAACAUUUAGUUAUUUAUUUGGAAUUGUAAUGCUAAGAGCAUUAUUUCAUGGUUGACAUUGAAGUCUAAAUGAUUCACAGCUGUUUGCACUUUUGUGAAGGUGAUAUGCUAAUGCGGCACUUUGACCUUCAUUUCUCAAAGAGCAUAUACAACUAUCCAAUCAAUAAAUACUAUUUUCUGGGGGCCUCAUUUCAAAUACAUGUCAAUAUAAAAUAUGUAACUCUUUUAACUGAGGACACUAUAUUGCUGUGUUGGAUAGGGGGAUGAUUUCAAGGACAUAUUUCGCUCCACAUUCCAUUCUCGUAUGACAACUGACCGUAAAUACAUGAAGAGAUUGAUGUUUGUGUCUGCACAAACAUUGUGUGACGCAAUUAUUGAACGGUGCAAUAGUAACAGGAAAUGCAAAAUGAAACUCACACGUGGAAGUGUUUACGACAGCUCAAACGAUCACUACAAGUCACAGUCUUGCGAGCCACAGUGUUGCGCAUGAAAUGCAAAUCUCAGUUACUGUAAAAAAUAUAUAUAUAUAUUAAAAAGACAUUUGAGGUUGGACAAUCAAAGGUUAAAUCAUACCAAUGAUUCAUAUCAGCACCAAGUUAAGAAAUGACUGAUCAGCACGGGUGAUUGGUAAGAAAGUAUAAUUAGCCAAAAAUCUGUAAAUAACUGUAACCACCUUCAAAUAACUUACAAGUAAAGGCCAUUGAACUAAAUUCUCCAGAUAUGUAUUGCUUUAAUUGUUCUGAAAUGUUAGGGACAGCAGUUACUCCAAACAGCCUUUACAAUUAAAUACCAACAUUCCCUCACCAUAAAAGAGUGGGAACCCCUGCAUGUAUCCUUGUCCUAUUCGAAGCCUAAAGUGAGAGUAGUCAUCCAACAUGCUCAUACACUCCUGUAUGUGAUUACUACUUGAUUUAAGUUUCUGCUCCUGACUUCUCACUGAGGUGAGUAAGAAUGUUACCACCUCAGUGACAAAGUAAAGUGUAUCCAGCUGUCAGGGAAUCAGUGUCACUGUAUUAGUAUGACUUAGUAUCAGUGCCAAAGCAUUUAAGAGAAGGCAACAUACAGUGACAUUGUAUCCAGUUGAGUCAUUCUGCUGUGUGUAUGAUUUUCGGUGCUUAUUAUGAAUGAUAUUUAAAUGUGUAUUUGUGGUAUACUGAACAGUCUGUAUUGAAUAAAAACAUGUUUUGGUCUUAAAUUUCACUUGUUUUAUGAUGGUUGUGAAUUGUACAGCUCCAUAUGCCUGAUUUCAUUAUGUUGGUUACUAUCAUGUUUGCUUCUGUGAAACAAUCUUUUUUGCCCAAAAUGGUAUAAAUGUUUCAAUAUGUGUUUUGGUUUCUUAACGUUAGAUAAAGCCAACAUGUUGUGUUUCUGCUUUUUAACAAUACAUCGCUUGGAAAUAAAAUGAAACCAUGUGUUA